CGGAGUCCGAACGCCAUGCAACAUGUUCUCGGCAGCUUCUAGCCAACGCGCCACCACACUGCGGCGGCCGGAGAGAAGUAACACGGUCGCCAUCACCGGUUUAAACAAGGUAACAAAAUCAUGGGAACUAGCACGCGCGGCCAACGCCGCCGGGAUCCGCGACAAGUGGAUGGAGUUUCAAGGAAUCAAGAAUUGGGAGGGGCUGCUCGACCCCCUCGACGACGACCUCCGCGACGAGAUCCUCAGGUACGGCGAGUUCGUCGAAGCAGCCUACCGCUGCUUCGACUUCGACGCCACAUCAUCCACGUACGCCACGUGCAUGCACCCCGAAGCCUCGAUAUUGACCCAAUGCGACAGCGUCACUAACAAAAAGGGGUACAAAGUGACACGUAACCUGUACGCCACGUGCGGGGUCCAGCUGCCUGACUGGACAGGCAGGCUGCCGGCCUGGGUGUCCACUCAGUCCAGCUGGAUCGGGUACGUGGCGGUGUGCGACGACGCGGACGAGAUCGCCCGCCUCGGCCGGCGCGACGUGGUCAUCGCGUACCGGGGCACCGCCACGUGCAUGGAGUGGCUCGAGAACCUCCGCGCCACGCUGGCGUGCCUGCCCGACGACAUGGCGCCCGACGGGUGCGAGUCGAUGGUCCAGGCCGGUUUCCUCAGCCUUUACACGUCGCCGCCGCCGCACGGCGGCGGCGGCGACGGAGGAGGUCUCAGCCUGCAACGGUCGGUGCGGGAGGAGAUCGGCAAAAUCCUCGGGGAAUACGGCGGGGAGCGGCUGAGCGUAACGGUGACGGGGCACAGCCUCGGGGCGGCGCUGGCGACGCUGACGGCGCACGACAUAAACGCGACGUUCGAGCACGCGCCGCUGGUGACGGUGGUGUCGUUCGGGGGGCCGAGGGUCGGCAACCGGAGCUUCCGGAGCCAGCUGGAGAAGAGCGGCACGAAGGUGCUGAGAAUCGUGAACUCCGACGAUCCGAUAACUAAAGUGCCGGGAUUCGUGGUGGACGAGAACGGCGCGAAAAUGUCGAAAAACGGCGGCGGUCGGCGGCUGCCCGGGUGGCUGCAGAAACACGUAGAGGACACGCAGUGGGCGUAUGCAGAGAUCGGGAAGGAGCUGAGGCUGAGUAGCAAGGGCUGCCCGCAUCUAAGCAACAGAGGAGUUGCCACGUGUCACGAUCUCAAGACGUAUCUGCACUUGGUGGAUAAUUUUGUUAGCUCGAAUUGCCCCCUUAGAGCAACUGUGCUCAACUUAAGGAGUUAA